UUCACAUUAACUACAUUUCCUGUUCUCUGGUUAAAGGUCGUUGUCCUGUAGAAGAGAAAAGUAAACGUUUAAGCGAAGCAGCAUGUCAUAUUUGCACAUGUCGCUGUUUAAACGGUGCACAGCGUUCAGCAUAAAUAAAAAUAACUCUAAUGAUCAUUGCAUGUCUUUGUUUUAUAAUGUGUAGGGAGCUACUUUCAAACGGAGUAGCAAAGUAAUCGCGAACUGUUAGGCUGACUUGCACAGACUUGCAAAAGGAUUUCAAAAUGGGACAAGAAGAGAAGUCAGGGGUCCCGCAGUGGCCUCGGGUUUCAAAGUUCAUCUUGUCAGCAUGUGCAGCUACUGUUGCUGAAAUGGUGACAUUCCCCCUCGACCUGACCAAGACCAGGCUUCAGAUCCAGGGUGAAGCGGCCCUCAGACAGCAUGGCCCCGGCAGGGGCCCUCAGACGGCCUACAGAGGGAUGCUGGGCACUGCCCUGGGGAUUGUACGCGAGGAGGGUCCCCUUAAACUGUGGCAGGGGGCCACACCAGCUGUGUACAGACAUAUAGUGUACUCAGGAGUGCGGAUGGUGGCCUAUGAGCAGCUCCGAGAUGUCCUUGGCAGGUCUGAAGAUGAUAGCUUCCCGCUUUGGAAAGCAGCGAUCGGGGGCAUGCUGGCUGGGGCUGUGGGUCAGUUCAUGGCCAGCCCCACCGACCUGGUCAAGGUGCAGAUGCAGAUGGAGGGGAGACGCAGGCUGGAGGGCAAGCCACCCCGGGUUCAAGGAGUGUACCAUGCUUUCCUGAAGAUUGUCUCUGAAGGGGGGAUCCGGGGCCUGUGGGCAGGGUGGGUCCCCAACGUACAGAGGGCUGCUCUGGUCAAUCUAGGAGAUCUCACAACAUAUGAUACUGUCAAGCACUUUCUUCUGAGAAAUACCUCGCUACAAGACACCAGCCUUUGCCAUGGGUUAGCAAGCACAUGUUCUGGUCUGGUUGCUGCUACCAUGGGAACACCAGCAGAUGUCAUCAAAACCAGAAUAAUGAACCAGCCCAGAGAUCCGAAUGGCAGGGGCGUAUUGUACAAGUCUUCCAUUGACUGCCUGAUCCAAUCUGUCAAGGGGGAAGGGUUCAUAUCCCUGUACAAAGGCUUUCUCCCUACUUGGAUGAGAAUGGCUCCCUGGUCCAUGACAUUUUGGCUCUCAUUCGAACAAAUACGAAAGACAAUGGGCAUCAGCUCAUUCUAAAACCUGGACUGUCAGUCAGACAGGUAGCCUAGCGGUGAAGAGCGUUGGGCCUGUAACUGAAAGGUUGCUGGUUCGAUUCCCUGAGCCGACUAGAUGAAAAAUCUGUUGAUGUGCCCUUGAGCAAGACACUUAACCCUAAUUGCUCCUGUAAGUCGCUAUGGAUAAGAGUGUCUACUAAAUGACGUAAAUGUAAGGACUGAUCACAUUCAUAAAUCUACUUUUUUGAGGUGCUGCACUUGGUGCUACAGAGCCAUGUACACAACAUGCAUAACUGUGCCAUGGUAGUGAUGCUUGUUAGUUACGUUGUCCUUUGACAGAGACCAGUCAGUUGACUUAUUAUGAUACAAAGUGUUCUCCACUGUUUCAGGCGUGAUUACUGUUUUUACAAGCUGCUAAUGGUCAAACGUUAUAACAAACUCUUAACAUGUUUCAUGUCAUUAACUGUCUGAACACUAACAUUAUAAAAGCUAUAUGCUUAAUUGCAUAGGGUAAGAAGCAUAAAGACAUUUACUAUAUCAAACACAAGGUUUUAUGUGGCCACUGCUGACCAUAGUGAAUUAAAUACUGUGAAAAUAAAUAAUCAAUUCAAGACA